AUGGCCCGCGGCCCCGAAGCUCUGGCCGAGCCGCCGCGCUUCCCGCUCGACCGCACCGGCCGGGCGCACACCGAGGAGUCGCGUGCCAAGAUCUCGGCGGCCAACAAGGGCAACGUGCCCUGGAAUCGAGGGCGCAAGCAUUCGGAGGAGACGCGCCGGAAGAUUGCCGAGGCCACGCGCAACGCGAUGCUCGCGCGCAAGGAGCGGCAGGCUGCCGAACGGGAGCGGAUGCGCCUCGAGGAGCCGGAGCAGUAUGCAGAGGCGCACGCCCGCGCGAGCGCGCAUCUCGGCGAGCCUCCGGCGGAGGACCCGGAGUACCGCGCGCGGCGGGCGAAGGCGACCGUGUCGAACGAGACGAGGAAGCGGCUCUCCGAGGCGAUGAAGGCAAAGUGGAGCUCGCACUCGGCGGAGCGGCGGCUCAAGAUCGCGGAGGCGAUCCGGCGCAAGUGGCAGGACCCGGACUACCGCAACAAGACGGUGCUGGGCAUCCGACUCGCGCACAAGUCCGGGCGGUACGCGGAGCGGAUGAGUCCCGAGGCGACGGCGGAGUGGAAGUCGAAGAUCUCGUCGUCGAUGCGCGAGCGGUGGCAGGACAAGAUGUACCGCGACCAGCAGCUCCGCUCCGCGCAGGGACGCCCCUCGCGACCACCGGUUGGAGGCUUGCCGUCAAACGAGCCGGACGCGAUCGCGAUGAUCCUCAAGGGGGUGGGGGAACUGCCCGGCUUUGCGGACGGGCAGAAGCUCGAGUAG